AUGUGCGACGUUUUUCGAAAGAGAUGUGAGCACAGGAAGUGCGCUUUUCAACACCCUCUCUUGGUGGCCUUCUGGUUCAACUGGACCUUCCGCUGGCCUGUAUGGGCACUGACCGUGUUUCCUCUCAAUUGGCGCAGUUUCUUUCCAGCCACGUCAGCUGGCAAGUUGACCAUUUCGAUGUUGAAGGGCCCUUCCACCAUGGUAGUUGCUUCAUGCAUCACUCGAUUUGCCAUGAUGCUGAUCAAAUGGCAGGUCUUGGCUUUUUGGCAGAGGGGCAGUGUCAAGGUCCCUGUGCGACGUUUCCCGGAAGAGACGUGA